AUGUCAGUAUUUGAAGCAAUAAAUUCAGAAUCUCAAGAUUCUAAGAAGUUUUGGACGCCUGAUACAAAGCAAAAAUUGGUGGAGACCUUUAAAAAUACGGUCUUUCAGAAUUCAAAAUCAGGUGUACUCAAAUCAGUCAAUCUUUUAUUAAGCCAGAACUACUUGGUUAAGCUUUGUCCAAAUUCAGUAAAUAAAAAAACACUAUUGGAUUGAAAAAUCGUUGAGCCUUUCAUGGAGGAAAGCGAUGAAGAUGCUAGAUUUGGAUUCUCUGUCGGACAUCGAGGCUGUUCGAAGGAAUUUUACGUUGAAAAUCAAGAAACGUUGGAUACUUGACUUAAGCAUUUAUCAAAAGUUGCAAUUAUGACAGAUUUCGAAAACGAUUUCACAGUUAUAAAAGAGCUGGGUAACGGUGCUUUUGGAACCGUAUAUCUGGUAGAAUGCAUCGACACGUCUGAGAUGUUUGCAGUAAAAUCCAUUAGCAAGCAAAAUGUAACUGCAAACCAUGUAAAUCUCACAAAUCUAAUGAACGAAAUAAAAUUAAUAAGGAAACUCGACCAUCCCAAUAUAGUCAAGCUCCAUUAUGUUUAUGAGAGCUCAACCCAUAUUUAUUUGGUUAUUGACUAUGUAGAAGGAGGUAAUUUGUUCUCCAGAAUAAUUAAAAGAAAAGUUUAUAAUGAAAAAAUUGCUGCAAAAUUCACUGAAAAGCUUCUAGGAGUUCUAAGCUAUUUGAGCUCAUUAGACAUUGCUCAUAGAGACUUGAAGCUAGAAAAUAUUUUAAUGGUUUCUGAGGAAAAUGAUUAUGACUUCAAGCUUGCUGACUUUGGCUUGGCAGCUGAAGUCACUGAAGGACUGCAUCUUCGCUGUGGAUCUCCUGGGUAUAUAGCUCCUGAAGUACUAAGAAAGUGCUAUUACGGCUCGAAAGUGGACGUCUUUAGUGCAGGAGUUAUUUUGUAUAUACUACUUUGUGGGAAAAUGCCAUUCCCAGGUAACAACAUACAAGAUAUUCUUUUAAGAAAUCGAGACUGUAAAAUUUCUUUUUCAAGAGAAUCUUGGAAAAAUGUUUCUAAGCUAGCAACCGCUUUGGUUUUGAAAUUGACUGAGCCAGUUGCAAACUUCAGACCUUCAGCCAAAGAAGCUUUAAGUGAUCCUUGGUUUGAGCAUCAACUAAACUUUGCCCUUCCUCAACUUCCUUCUGUUCCAAAAGAUUCUGCACGGUCUAGGUUUUGCUCAGGGAGAUUAGGAAGUAGUGUGCAAGUUUCUUAA